AGACGGUGAACAAUUAAUAUCAGAACCGCACCCGAGUGUCUGUAUGGAGGUAUUAAACUAUCUCAAGCAUCAACUGAAGACUGUGUAUGUUACAACAGUAGGAAUCGGUUACGAGUUACGCGUCUUGUGCAGCGUAUGUCAUCCCACGCAGCCACCUCAUUUACAUACUCUUGAGAAAUGUUUAGAAAACGAUAGGGUUUCAUGUGGAAAGUAUAAAAUGAACACAUCUCGUUUUAAGGUCUUGUUUCAAGAAGAUAUUCAAGAUGCAUCCUUGUCUAAGGCUUUACCUCAUAGGCUCAUACAUGGAGAGCGGAUGCCAGAAAUGUCAGGUAUGCAGUUCAAUGCUUUUAAAAUGGUUGUCUCAAACUGGUACGAUGAAAACAGAUGUCUUAGUAUGUUGAAAGUGUUGUUCAGAGAUACGGUGGACAAUGUGAAACUAGCAGAAAUAAAUAAAACGAUAGACUUGCUGAAUGAAUUGGUUGUACAUGGUAAGCUGAGUGCAGAGGAUCCUACUCUACUGUAUGACACCAUCAGAAUAACUGGACAUUUUGCUCUUCAAAAGAAGAUCCAAGAAACACUGCCAUCAUUCCAGGAUGUUAAAGAAGGAACCAUUUCAACAAGUUUCACACCAUACAGACAAAAACUAAUGAAAUUGGGGAAGACUUUGACUACAGAUAACGUGGCGCAGAUCGACGGAUUGUAUAAUACACCUCGUAAGAUGUAUACCGACAGUUGGAGUAUGAUCACUAAUCUAGAAGACAGGCGUAAAAUCAGCGAAGGAAAUAUGACGGAUUUCAUUAAUUCUUUGUCACUGCUUAAGCUUCCUCUGGCAUUGGCCGCAUUGACAGAAGGUAUUACAGUAUUCACUGUUUCAAACAUUGUCAUGUCGGCCAUUCUCUUUACUUGAAUGUCGACUGUCGUG